UUAUUAACUGAAAAUAACCGAACGGCUUGCCAACACGUACCAGUGCAGGAAAGGUUUUAAAGAUGCCAACAAUACUGUCAACUGAAAUCGAAAACAUGAACAAGGAGGAUAAAGCUACCAAUCCCAGGAGGCUCGAGAAGUGGCGGUUUCGUUGCCCAUUGACAGAAAAAAUAAACCCUGGUGAGACUUCACAGUGGUCCCAGUCCCUGGAAAACCUUCUCCGAUCCAAAUAUGGCAUGGCAACAUUUCACACCUUCCUCAAGUCCGAGUUCAGCGAUGAGAACAUCGAGUUCUGGCUGGUCUGCGAAGAUUUCAAGAAAACCAGAAGCUUGUCUAGGUUAUCCUCCAGGGCCAAGAAGAUAUUUGAGCGAUACAUCAAAGCGGAAGCUCCUAAAGAGAUAAACAUCGAUCACGUCACGAGAGAGCUUAUCAAGCAGAACGUCCAUGCUCCCACCAAAGUGUGUUUCGACGAAGCUCAGAGGAUCGUCUUCGGUCUGAUGGAGAGGGAUUCUUAUCCCCGGUUUCUCCGUUCGGACAUGUACAGAUCCCUUCUGGAAUCAGUCUCGAAUGGGAUUAAGGUCUGAGAAAGUGCUCAAUGAGAGACUUGAGGACUCUCCUGCGGGACUUUUGGUGCAUUGGAGCGAAUGGGAGUGGAGUAUUAAGGCUUCAGGCCUGGACUUGAACAUUGUGAUCCACAAAAAGACUUGAAUAAGCUAUUGUUAAUCUGCACUGUAUUACACUGCUCCAUUGUUCUGCGCGGCUGUGGAAUACACGGAGACAAAUGAGCUUUCGGUACCGCUCACCUGUAAGGAACCACAAGGAGAUCUGAAACAAGCUGCGAAAACCAGAACCACCAGAUGGACUUUAUUUAACUUCUAGUGCUUUGAUUACUGGACGAGUGUCAAUUCUGGUUAGCGUGAGAUGAAGUGGGAAUAAUACUAAUGACGUUUGAAAAGUGAACUCAGUGAGCAUUGAUAACUUCAUGAUGUACAGAGCAAGUGUAAAUGCUUCAAUGUUUGUUUGUUUUUUUACGGUAAAUGGGAUUUUCUCAUAGUAAUCUGUAUAUGACUCACUUACUGUAAUGAUUCAAAAGAUUCAUUUCGUGUUUCUCUGUUGGAUUGCAAGACAGCAAAGCAGAAAAGAUUUUAAACAGGCUUAUAUUCCUGCACCAAAACACCUUAUCUCUACAGAUAAUGUGAGGAAAAGGCAUUUCAUAAACCUGUUUGUCUGACUUUUUAAGAAGAGCUUAUUAACUUAAUAAACAUAAAUGUAAAUUAAA